CCGGUCUGCUGUCAUGUGACCGUGAAGGAGGAAAUGGUGACAUUUCACACAUUCACACACGGAUUCGUGUCAAGAUGCCUUUUUCAAACAACGAGAAAUCAGCUCGUCACAGAGCAAAGGUGAAUGCUGAUCCUGUUGCGAGAGCCAGAUACCUUGCAAAAAGAAGAGAGAGCUAUCAGCGAAGGAAGAGGGAAGGAAAGACAAAACUUUCUUCAGUCACCGAACUCUCUAAAGCGAAACAGGAUGAGUUGAGGCAGAAAUGGAGACAUUACAAGAGAAGUCACAGGAUGAGGAUUCACAAUCUAUCACUGCAUUCCUGCUCUGAGCUGGAUGUGAACCCUGAAUGGCUGCAGAAUUUUGCUCCAUAUUCCCCCGGCAGUGAGGCUGAGGAGAGCAAGGAGGUUCCUGUGAGCAGCUGCAGUGUGGUGAAACAGGAACCAGAGACUGUGGAAAUCCAGUGGGAAAAUGUGAACUCACCUCCACCAGCAGUGUCUUCUGAUUCAGAGCCGAACAACGCUCAAAGCAGCGCCAUUUCAAUAACACCUCCCAUAAUGGAAAAAGUACACUGCAGUGUUAAGCUGACCAUGACCAAGCUCCACUGUCUGCUGGAAAGCAAACAGGAAAAGAUUGAAGCUCUGGAGAAACAGUUCGUGACUGACAAAGCAACGAUUGCCGGUUGCCACAUAAGUCAUUUUUGGAUGGGAUGGCUUGUGAGAGUGUGUCCACCUGCUGUCCUUUCAGAACAGACAGCUGUGGUCCUCUUGCUGACUGCUGAGGGUACCGGAGGAUCUCGCUGAAGGGGACGCCAUGCUUUGAGCCUAAUGGAGCCUGAAGCAUCAUAACCAACGUGACUGGAAUGAAGGCCGAGUGCAGCAGCUGCAGCUAUGAGUCUCUGAAAGUGACUGCUUUCACUGGGGUGUGCGACUGGUGUCUUAAAAUAACCAACACACCAUUUUAAGUGGGUCAGAGCUGGACGAGGUUGCCAAAGGCCUGCACAUGCACCAGUGGACAUACUGAGCUACAUCCUGGUCAUUUUACCCCGCAAGCGAAAGUGAAGGAUGAUACUGUGUCUGUUUAAUGCAGGUCAGCAGAGCACUGACACUUACAUUAUGACAGUAUUAAAUGUAGGGCAGCUAUGGAUAUGGCUGUCAUUCAUAGCCAUUUUAAUGGAUCACUUCAAAAAAAAAAAAAAAAAGUGCAUGGUUAAAUCUGUUCACACACACGAGUUUUAUGAGUAAUAUAAUUAAUAAUACUAUAAAUAAUCUGUGCUGGGUGGUAAGUGAUUACAUGUCAUUUGAAUUAUGUAAUUUGACUUUAAAAAUAUGUACUUUAAUUAGAUUAUAAAGUAUUUUAAUACAUGACUACAAUUGAAAUAUGAAUAAAAUUAAUUCUUACUAAAUACAAUACUAAAAAUACAAUAAGAUCGUCUUUUUUAAAUGACUAUAAAUUAUUUACACAGUUUAAGUAAAUUAUGCAUAAUGUGUAUAUUACAUUUCUUUUUUACAUUUCAGAAUAAUUAAUUGUGUCAUAGUUUACUUGGAUGAUCACCACAUUAGCUGUGUACAAAUGUAUGUUGAAUGCAUGAACUGUAAAAUAAUUUAAAAAUAUAUACCAGGAAAACAAGUAUUGAACACAUGCAGAAAGGGAGGCGUAAAAGCCCAGGCAGCAGCUGAACUCCUUAUCCCUAAAAUAUUUACCGUAAGUCACCCUAGAGUAAUUUUAUGAUUUAAAAGGUGUGUAGUACAUUCAUACAAGUCCUCACUUACUUACUACAGGUGAGAAUUUACCCAUAAUUUCAAUCAUAUUUAUACAGUACACAAAUAUUGAUGAUUUUUUUACAGUAAAUCACCCUACUGUAAUUUUAUGAUUUAAAAGGUGUGUAGUACAUUCAUAGAGUCCUCACUGACUUACUACAGGUGAGAAUUUACCCAUAAUUUUAAUCAUAUUUGUACAGUACACAAAUAUUGAUGAUUUUUUUUUUACAGUAAAUCACCCUACUGUAAUUUUAUGAUUUAAAAGGGUGUAGUACAUUCAUAUAGGCCAGACUGACUUACUACAGAUGAGAUUUUACCCACACUUCAUAUUCAUAUUUGUAAAGUACACAAAUAUUGAUGAAACAUUUACAAUAAAUCACCCAACUGUAAUUUAUUAUAUUAAAUGGUGAAGUACAUUCACAGAGGCCUCACUGACUUACUACAGGUGAGAUUUGAAUCAUACUUUUAUUCAUUUUUGUACAGUACACAAAUAUUGACAAAGCAUAUUUACAUUAAAUCACGUUACUGAAGUUUUAUGACUUUAAAGGUUGUAGUACAAUCACAGAGGCCUCACUGACUUACUACUUACUACUUUUACCCAUAUUUUCUUUCAAAUUUGUACAGUACACACAUAUCGAAGAAAAAUGUUUACAGUAAGUCACCCUACUGUUGAUUUUAAAGGUUGUAGUACAUUAACAGAUGCCUCGCUGACUUACUACAGCUGGGAUUUUAUCUAUGUUUUCAUUCAAAUUUGUACAGUACACAA